AUGAUAAUGGAGAAGACUAUGAUAAUGGAGAAGACUAUGAUAAUGGAGAAGACUAUGAUAAUGGAGAAGACUAUGAUAAUGGAGAAGACUAUGAUAAUGGAGAAGACUAUGAUAAUGGAGAAGACUAUGAUAAUGGAGAAGGCUAUGAUAAUGGAGAAGGCUAUCAUAAUGGAGAAGGCUAUCAUAAUGGAGAAGGCUAUCAUAAUGGAGAAGGCUAUCAUAAUGGAGAAGGCUGUCAUAAUGGAGAAGGCUGUCAUAAUGGAGAAGGCUGUCAUAAUGGAGAAGGCUGUCAUAAUGGAGAAGGCUGUCAUAAUGGAGAAGGCUGUCAUAAUGGAGAAGGCUGUCAUAAUGGAGAAGGCUGUCAUAAUGGAGAAGGCUGUCAUAAUGGAGAAGGCUGUCAUAAUGGAGAAGGCUGUCAUAAUGGAGAAGGCUGUCAUAAUGGAGAAGGCUGUCAUAAUGGAGAAGGCUGUCAUAAUGGAGAAGGCUGUCAUAAUGGAGAAGGCUGUCAUAAUGGAGAAGGCUGUCAUAAUGGAGAAGGCUGUCAUAAUGGAGAAGGCUGUCAUAAUGGAGAAGGCUGUCAUAAUGGAGAAGGCUGUCAUAAUGGAGAAGGCUGUCAUAAUGGAGAAGGCUGUCAUAAUGGAGAAGGCUGUCAUAAUGGAGAAGACUGUCAUAAUGGAGAAGACUGUCAUAAUGGAGAAGACUGUCAUAAUGGAGAAGACUGUCAUAAUGGAGAAGACUGUCAUAAUGGAGAAGACUGUCAUAAUGGAGAAGACUGUCAUAAUGGAGAAGACUGUCAUAAUGGAGAAGACUAUCAUAAUGGAGAAGACUAUCAUAAUGGAGAAGUGUAGGAGAAAGAAGCAGAAUAAUUGGGUUCAGUAG